AAGAUUUGCACUUAACACCUGCGUCAAAUCGUUAGGGCUCAGCGCCAGUUGGGUCCGAGAGAAAAGAGUACACCACCUCGUCCUCUUCCCUGUCUCCUGCUCUAGCUUGCUCGUGAGGCACCGAGCAACGAUGCUGUCCGCAGACAUACCUCCCAAUCAAACAAUCUACAUCAAAAAUCUCAACGAGAAGGUCAAGAAAGAAGAAUUGAAGAGAUCACUUUAUGCUUUGUUCUCUCAAUAUGGCAGAAUUUUGGAUGUUGUUGCAUUGAAGACACCGAAGCUUCGAGGACAAGCAUGGGUUGUGUUUAGUGAAGUAACAGCAGCCAGUGGUGCUGUGCGGCAGAUGCAAAACUUUCCUUUUUAUGAUAAACCUAUGCGGAUACAAUAUGCAAAAACAAAGUCAGAUUGUGUUGCUAAAGCAGAUGGAAGCUUUGUUCCAAGAGAGAAGAAAAAGAAGCAAGAAGAAAAAGCUGAAAGAAAACGGCGUGCUGAAGAGGCGCAUCAUGCUGCUACAGCAAAUGGUACCAGCACACAGAAUAAUGGGGCCCCAACUGGCUCUUUCCGUCCGGGUGCACAAGAAGCAGCUGCUGUCCCGAACAACAUACUCUUUGUACAGAAUUUGCCCCACCAGACUACAACUAUGAUGCUGCAAGUUUUAUUCCAACAAUACCCGGGUUUCAGAGAAGUCCGAAUGAUCGAAGCAAAGCCCGGGAUUGCUUUUGUAGAAUUUGAUGAUGAUGUGCAGUCCUCGAUGGCCAUGGACGCCCUCCAGGGUUUCAAGAUCACCCCUCACAAUCCCAUGUCCAUCUCUUAUGCCAAGAAGUGACCAAUCCUUCCUUCAUGCCAAAUGUUUUUUUGCUUCUUAUCGCCUUUGUAUUGCCCGGGAAAUGUAAUUGAAAGCCAUAACCAUGUAGAUUUUUCUGAGAGAACUAAUUGGGAAGCUGUUCUUGAUAAUUUAUUUGACUUCAGAUGAAGUAUUCAACCAGCUAAUUUGUUAAAA